GUGCAAUAUUCAAUACAAUUUAGAAUCGCUUUUAAGCACAUAUCCAAUAAUUCACAUUUAAAGUAGACUAUAGAAUGAAAAUAAAGUCGUUCAAUUACUUAUCUUGGUUAGAGAAUAUUAUGUGAUCUUGGAAACACUAUUAAAACUUUUGAAGACUGGAAUGAACAUUGAAUUGAAGUAGAUGAGCUUGGUUAAAACGGAAUGGAAAGCAACAGGAUGAAUUAAUUUUGGACGUCUGUUACGAUCUAGGUGCUUUAUUCACAAAAGCAAACUCUGUCAUCCAGACAUGGAGGUGUCAGACCCUUCCCCAGAUAUAGUCAUCAGUCCUGCAGAGGAUCCAGAUGAAAUCACACAAGAUCUAUCUUCUAUCACGGAUGAAAACAAUGAACCAAACGAUUUGACCACAACAACAGACCAAGAGGACGUUGAAAAUAAUAACGUUGGAGGGGAGCUCGACAAUCAGACACCAGAAGCUGUAACAAAUUCAGACCAUAAUCCCACAGAGAACCCUAUAGAUGCCAAUGAGAAUAUGGAGCAAAGGAAACAAACAAAAGUAAUGGAAGCAGAACAGCUGAAACAAAGACUGUUCACUAUGGGAGACGGCAGGCAAUGUGUGAACCUUGCAAAUGCAUCCCUCGGUGAAUACCCAAUUGAACUGCAAGAAAUGACAAAUCUCAAUUGCAUUUUUGCUGCCAACAACCUUAUUGAGAGCAUUCCGACUUGGAUGGAACAGUUUAAAGCACUACAAGUGCUUGUUCUGCAACAUAAUAACCUAGAAGAACUAAAUCCAGUAAUAUGCUCGCUGAACAAUCUCAAGAUACUGGAUGUAAGUGAAAACAAAAUUUCAACAAUCCCAAAUGAGAUCAAUAAAUUAAAACAGCUCAAGCAAUUAAUAGCAAAUGGGAAUCAGCUUACAGUGUUACCAGAAGGUAUAUUCGAGCUUGAGAGUCUUGAGGAAAUCAAUCUUAAUGAGAAUUCAAUCGCAGAUAUACCCGACAAUGUGUAUAAAUGGAGGAAUCUUAGAGUAUUGUCAAUGGAAAACAAUGAACUGGAGUUCCUUAACCCACAUGCAUGUAAGAUUGAACCACUUAAACAAAUUAAACUCUCGGGAAAUAACAUAUCCAACUUACCAUGGGAAAUCGAAAAUGUUGAAAACCUAACUCAAAUAUAUUUGGAUGAUAAUGAAUUUGAGUUCAUACCAAUUCAGCUUUAUUCUCUCCCCGAUAUCGAAGAGAUGGCAUUCUCCAACAAUAGCAUCAAAAUCAUUCAACCAGAAAUAGCAAAAUUAUCAAAACUGAGAGUUCUUGGCCUCAACCAUAAUCGCAUCGAGGAGAUACCCUUUGCAAUCGGAAGAUGCAGUUGCUUAGAAAGCAUUGGUCUAGAAGGGAAUAACAUCAAAUGUCUACCAGAUAAUAUUGCAGAGCUUUACAAUCUGAAGGAGUUAUAUCUGGCACACAAUGAAAUAACAGAUAUACCAGAUGAUCUAUGCCUUUGUUCAGAGCUACAAACUUUACUACUCGGUCAUAACAAAAUCAUGAAACUCCCGAUUGAGCUAAAAAAUUUGAAGAAAAUGAGAGAACUUGCACUGGACAAUAAUGAAUUUGAACUCCUGCCAUCAGCUAUAGGUACACUGAAAGAUCUGGAAUUACUGACCUUAGAUCAUAACAACAUAAUUGCCAUACCAGAAGAGAUUGAUGGAUUGAAGAAAAUAUACCAUAUGAACAUAAGCUACAACAAUUUCUCUGCCUUUCCUGAGCCAAUCAGCAGGUUAUUCUUCCUUGAAACACUUGACAUGCAAUUCAACUCAAUUCCAAAUGUACCAAAGGAUUUCAAUCUUUUGGCAAACUUAAACAUACUUCGUAUGAAUAACAACAGUUUCAUAGAAUUCCCUAUUGAAAUAUGUGAACUGAGAAAACUAAGAUUACUCGAUCUUUCCAAUAAUAAAAUUGGUGAGAUUCCAGAUGAAGUGAACCAAAUGGACAUUCUCAACCAUCUGGAUUUAUCCAACAAUUCCUUCUCAGAUUUCCCUGCUCAAAUCUGCACCAUCCCAAGACUGGAAGUGUUAAACUUUGACCAAGAGGACGGAACAGGGGUAAAGAGAAUACCCGAUGAGAUUACCAGCACCAAAAUACGUGAACUUUACAUACAAAACAACGAGAUCAAGAAAAUACCAAAGGCUAUAUCUGAUAUGACACAGAUGACUGUCUUUGUCGCCCACCAUAAUGCCAUAAAGCAUAUUCCAGAGGGAAUAUGUGACAUGGAGCAACUAGAAGUACUACAGGUGAAUGACAAUCAACUGGUUACACUACCUGAGAACUUUGAUCACCUACGUAACUUGAAGGAUUUGAGACUUCAUAACAACCCUAUGACCGUACCCCCCAUGGACAUAUGUGUCAGUGGUGUCAUGCAACCAAUAGGGUGUUAUCUACGCAAGGCUCUCGCCAGAGAAGAUCAACUUCUUUUGAGGAUGAUCGAGGUCAUCGUGAACACGAUCAACAAACACGAACUACGCUACCUGCUUAAGAAGUUCAAAUUUUCAGAUGAGAAGAUCGUCGAGCUAGAAGAUAAAUACAAGGGACGAGAUAACUUGAAAGAGAGGAUACGACAGUCGCUAUUGCAUUGGAAGGAAUGGAAAGGACUCCAGGCAACAGCACGCCAAUUGAUAAGGAUUUUGCACUUGGUAGGGUGGGAGGAACUGUCCAAUAAACUUCGUGCCAUGAAGAUAUAUUCGCAGGCUAUGCGACUCUAAUUGAGACUGUUUGAUUUUUACCAAUUCCUGGGCGUAACUGAAAUGAACUAAUAUGAGAGGACGCUGUACAGUCUGACAAUGCCAAAGAUAUUAUAUAUAUUCAGAUUAAAAAUGAGGGUUAUUAUUUUAGGUAGGGUUGGUAAAAUAUUGAGUUAACAGCAUUGACUAUUGUAAAAUUGUAAAUGUUCAGAAUGUGAUCUCAUCUUGAAUAAA